GAUUUAAUUUCUGAAGCCCCGGCACUUGCGAGGCGUCCCGUCGCGCAACCUUCAGUACAAUCCCGGACGAGUUGUGGUACCGACGUGUGGUCGCAAAUAUUUUUGUAAACCAAAUAAAGUAUUGAAUCCACGCAUGACCAAUCUAACAAAAUGAAGGACGGUCUUAACAUACCGUCCCUGCAAAGUCCCCAAAGCCGCUACUCCCUCGUAAAGAAACUUGGCACUGGGGUCUUUGGAGAAAUUCACAAAGCCACGGAUGGCCAAGCAGCUGGCAAAGAAGUUGCCGUUAAAAUAGUAACCCUUAAAGAAGAAACCGAACCACAUAUACACGAGGAAUACAAAAUAUUACGGGAUUUCACCCAACACCUUAAUAUCAUCGAUUUUUAUGGUGUAUUCUGUGAUAAAUCUGAUUAUUCGAGGAAAAUAUGGUUCGUACUAGAGUUGUGCCAGUAUGGAUCUGUCAUCGAUAUUGUCAGAAAACUCAAAGCAGCGGACAAAAAAAUGUCCGAAGAGCACAUAGCUUAUAUUCUGAAAUAUACGAUCAAGGGUGUAUGUUAUCUACAUGAGAAUAAUAUCAUCCAUCGCAACAUACGAUGUAAUAAUAUUCUUAUCACAAAAGAUGGGGAAGUCAAAGUUACCGAUUUCGGAUUAUCAUGUAAACUAAACGGAAGUGAUGACACUACUAGAACGGUUAUUGGCUCACCGAGUUGGAUGGCGCCAGAAAUGGUCGCGGGAGGUGAAGAGGGAUAUGGUAAUAGAGUGGAUGUUUGGGCUUUAGGAAUCAGCACAAUUGAAAUGGUCGAUGGCAAAGCACCUUUUGAAAAUAUGCAUCCUACCUGUGCACUGUUUCAAAUCGUAAGAAAUCCUCCCCCAGGGGUAGCAAAGCCGUCAAUGUCGUCAAAUGACAUUAACGAUUUCAUUAAUGAAUGCCUCGAAAAAAAUCCUGAACAUCGUCCAUUUAUGGCGGAGUUAGAAGAGCAUCCAUUUAUACAGUCUGUACCGGAAAAUGACUUCCAUCUGUCUACUGAGUUGAAAAUGCUUGCAAACGACUUACUUGAGAAAGAAGUACCGUUCAGAUUUCCAGAAAGAAUAAUCAAAAAUGGUCUCCUUAUUAAUGAGGGUGGUAAAGAACCUGAAGUGAUGCAAGUUGAAGAUCUUGCUGCUUUGGAACGAUUAACCGAAGAUAAUCUUAUUCGUGAACUUGAAUUAAAAUACCAAAAAGGCCACUUUAUGUCAUUUAUUGGUGACGUCCUAUUGAUACUUAACCCAAACACUCAUGAAGAUAUUUAUAAUGAAGAAUAUCACAAAAAGUACGAAUGCAAAUCAAGAUCAGAUAACGCCCCUCACGUUUUUUCUGUAGCCGAUAGUGCGUUUCAAGAUGCUCUACACCAUAACGAGCCUCAAUACAUAAUUUUUUCUGGGGAAAGUAAAUCAGGAAAAUCAACUUACAUGACCCACACACUUUCUCAUCUUACUUAUUUGGGAGCCAUGAAAAAUAAUACUGCAGAAAGAGUUCAAAAAGCUACAAGUGUUAUUCAAGCCUGUAUAAGCUCAGCGACUCCUCUGAACUCCAGCUCUACUCGAGGCAUACUGCAAGUUCAAGUAACUUAUGGUACAUCAGGAAAACUAAGCGGAGCUCUCUUUUGGUUAUAUCAGCUCGAAAAGUGGCGUGUAUCGUCGACGGACAUGACUCAUGCCAAUUUCAAUUUGCUUUAUUACUUUUAUGACGCUCUUGAGGCAAAGAAUAGACUGGAUGAAUUUUGUUUGGAAAGGAACAGAAAACAUCGAUAUCUAAGAAUUUUAGACGAACCGUCAAGAACAGCAAAAGGUGUGCGAGAAACCCCGCGGGAUAACGUUAAAAAGUAUGAAGAAUUUAUUGAAAACUUAAAAAUAUUGGACUGGGAAGAGGAGGACAUAAAAUUUCUUGAAACUGUUUUAGCAGCAAUUCUCAUUUUGGGUAAUGUGAGAUUCAGGGACGGAAAACAUGGUUCAGCUGAAAUAGAAAAUGUUGAAGAAGCGAAAAAAGUGUCCAAAUUGUUGUCCCUAGAGGAAGUAAAGUUUCUUUGGGCACUUCUAAAUUACUGCCUUAUUGAGAACGGUUCUGCCGUUAAAAGGAAACAUUCAACUGAUGAAGCGAGAGACGCAAGAGAUACAUUAGCAAGUGCUCUAUAUAAAAGACUUGUUGAUUGGUUGAUCAAUCUAAUUAAUGCCAAAUUGUCAUUUAUGCGAGCUGUCUUUGGCGACAAAUAUUCUGUAAGCUUAUUAGAUAUGUUUGGAUUUGAAUGUUAUCAUAGAAACCGUUUAGAACAAUUGAUAGUAAACACUACUAAUGAACAGAUACAAUUUUUGUACAACCAAAGAGUAUUCGCUUGGGAAAUGCAAGAAGCGGCUGAAGAAGAGGUCCCAGUGACGGAUUUGAUGUUUUAUGAUAAUAAAAACUCUGUCGACCAAUUGAUGGGGAAACCUCUAGGAAUUUUUCACAUUUUGGAUGAAGCCAGUCGAGCUGGCAAUGGACAAGAGUUUAUCAUGACCACAGUUAAAUCUAAAUGUAAGGGACCAUAUGUAAAACUUUCUGGGAGUCACGAAUUUUGUGUUGCACAUUACACUGGUAAAGUGAAUUAUGACGCGAGAGAAAUGGCUGAUAAAAACAAAGAUUUCCUUCCGCCUGAAAUGAUUGAAACUAUGAGAGCAUCAACUAACAUUACAUUACAGCAAUUAUUCAAAAAUAAACUAACCAAAACUGGGAAUCUCACUGCAGCGUCCAACCAAAGUUCAUCAGCAGCGUCUUCGAGAUCGAAAACUGAAAAAGAACAGGAAAAUAUUAAAGCCAGGAAGUUCAACACGGUUUCUAAGGGUCAGUAUUCCCAAAUACGUAGAAUGAGGACUGCUGCUGCAACAUAUAGGGCCACAAGCUUGGAGCUCCUUAAGCAACUCUCCAUAGGCCCUGGUAGCGGAGGAACAAACUUUAUAAGAUGUAUUAGAACGGACUUAAAUGACAAUCCUUAUGGAUUCCAAACCGAAUUGGUGAGACAGCAAAUCCGAGCCUUGGCUGUUUUAGACACGGCUAAAGCGCGCCAAAGAGGAUUUUCAUACCGCGUUCCGUUUGCUGAAUUCAUCCGAAGAUAUCGCUUCUUAGCCUUCGAUUUUGAUGAAAAUGUUGAUGAAACGGCUGACAACUGCAGAUUGUUAAUGAUUCGUCUGAAAAUGGAGGGGUGGGAACUGGGCAAAACGAAAGUCUUCUUGAAAUAUUACAAUGAGGAAUUUUUAAACAGAUUAUAUGAAACACAAGUGAAGAAAAUCAUAAAAGUACAAAGCAUGAUGCGUCUUUUCUUGGCAAAGAGGAAUGCUGUUAAAAAUAAAUCAAAAAAAUUGCACGUACAAGAAUUAAAGAAACAAAAAACACUCGAUGUAUCUGAAGAAGAGGCUGCACUGCGCAUUCAAAAAGCUUACAGAGGAUACGUAGUACGCAAAGCAUACGGGCCACUCGUGAACAAGUCUACGGGAGAGAUCGACGAGGUAACCGCUAGAUUCCUGAAGCGAUUUGCCAGGAAAUGGAAGAGUCGAUCAAUGUUCCAAGUUCUGUUACAGUACAGAGCUUUACGGUACCAGGACUUGGUACACUUUUCGCAGCAGGUACACAUUUACAAUCAGGCUGUAGUUGAAGCUCUCCUUAACACCAGUUCAUCCGUGGUCCUCGAUCGAGUGGAUCCUCAUGCCAAGGAAAAAAAUUACCUUGGCUCUGUGCCGCCCACUGUUUGGAAGCUUCCCUUCCGAAUGGACCAAAUACAGUUUUACGAUACGUCGCAUAUGUGCGACCCUUCAGUUAAGAGCACGGACACAUUUGCAAGCCCAUAUGACUCCGACAGUGAACAGUGGGAUGAACCUUUGAAACGUCGUUGCAGCGCGGCGCAAACGGAACCGUUCAAGGCGUCGACGAGCACGCAGACCCUCCUUACCAUACCAUUCUGCAGAGAUCCCACUGUACCCGUGCCAACGUUACCGCCGGAAGACACGGUGCACUCAAGACGUGAGAGCUUCAGCAAACCUGUUAUUUAUAAGAGACCACCAUGCGUUUCCCCCCAAAGCUAUUAUCAACCACCCGUUCCUUGGUCAAGCGGAGGUGUCGACACCAAAAUUUUAGAACACACCGACUACCGUAGAGGGAGUAACGCGUUAGGUUACUCAGUAAACAAAAGCGAUUUACCCAACCCCGUUAGCGAACUCCAAGCCCUGGCUAAAUAUUCAAGGGGUCCCAGAGACGAUGACGAUGAUGAUGAUCCUCCGUUUAAUUUCCAGGCGAUGCUCAAGAAGACACCGAAGAAUAGAGCCUCCAUGAAAAGACACGGGGAAAUAAACGAUUCAUACGAUAGCCCGUCGAGGAAUCCAUCUCACAAUAGGAUGUAUACCAAUAGAAACGACGACCCGUACAAUAGACCCUCAAAGAAUUCUUCCAAUAUGAGAGGCUAUAAUAAUAGACACGAAGAAACGUUUGAAGAUUCGUUCGACCGCAGUUCCUAUGGAGCAGCUGUUCCUAAGCGGAACUUAAUUUCGCCUAGCCAAGACUCUUACGUAAAUAUGUCUCCAGCCCAUUCUGUUUCUUCCAGUAGAGGACCACCACGAUACGAAUACGAUAGAAACGCCCGUGACUUUGAAGAUUCCAAUAAUUACAGGAAGAGAGACUUUCGAGAGGAUCGUGGCUACAUGGACAACAAGAACCACAUGGAAACGGUUGAAAUUGCACCGGGCUUAACUAUUGAGGGUGAAGUAGCAGAUCUAUAAAAAUUAAACCCAAAAUUCUCGUCGUAAAAAAUAUAUUUAAUCUCCAUUUAGUUUUUAAUAAGCAUACAUAUUGCUCUCUAUAUUAUUAUAUUACCAAGAUUAUUUUGACUUUGCAAUAUUAAAGCCAUAAAUUACGUGUUUUAGUACAAAAAAUCAGUGGCGUGGCUAGGAUCAGUGGUUAAAAAAUCUUGAUAGUAAUAAGUUUGAUUUUUGACCCUGUGGUGUACCCAGCUACUCCACUGUAUACAUUUUUUUGUUAUGCUUUAAUAAUAAUGGUCUCAAUAGAGUUAAGUAUAUUAAAUUCAUUUCAAAAUUUAAAGCGUUAGCUAAAUUUUCUUUCACUUCCAAAUACAUUCACUUCAUAGAAAAAUAUGACAUUUUUAGUCUCCUUAUUGUUAUGCUUAUUCGAAAUUGCUUUGGUAACUAUUAUUAUUAAUUAGGUACUUAAAUAUCUAAAUUGUGUAUCAAUAUAGAAAUAAGAUGUGGUCUGUGUAGAUGGCUAUUGUCAAAAAUGUCUGCAUCUAAUAUAAAAAAAUACAAAAUA